AUGAAAUCAAAGAACACAUUUGAUCUUCCCCAAGCCAUUACUGGCCUGACCCCUUGCAGAAGGGUUGCAAGGCCACCCCAAACUAUUUGCCCCAUGAUUUAUGAACAGUCCCCUACUCCACCCCCAGUUUACCAGGCUAGGGUUGGAGCCUGUUCUAGUUGCCAGCAGUACCAGCAAGCUGACCUGGGUGUGUAGACCUCGGUAUGCCCCAUCCUUUGAUCUGCGCAUAGUGUGGCCCCUGUAGUCGCUGAGAGUCCCUCGCUUGUUUUUCACCUCCUGUCUCGUGCUUCGCACUUUGCUCUGAAGUUCACGUUUCAUCUUGCCAGGCUACGGUAGAGGCAGAGACACUGGUCACUCUGACAUCUACUGUAACCUCAGCUGUGAUGUGUAGAGCAUCAUCCUAAAUUAGGAGGCUUGGCUAUCAACAACUUUAUCAACGGUCCGUGGCAGUGGAUUAACACGAGGACAAGCCCCGGGAAGAGGCGGAAUUGGACGGCUGGAAGAAGGGCGCGUCGUUUGCUUAGUGGAAUUUUCUUGUUUGCAUUUUGCGAUGGUGGUUCUCUAACGCUAGGAUCCCCCCUGUGAUACACAUUCAACGGAGGGAAAGGUUGAAAACAAGUCUACACCAUGGCUGAGUACUCCUACCACAUUAACGACGAGGAAUACGGCGAUCUAGACGACCAUGACGAAUUCGGCAAAAUCAUCAAGGAACGUUCAGACGAACGAGAGGACGUGCAGAAGAAGACCUUCGCUAAGUGGAUCAACAGCCAGCUUUCUAAGGUUGAAGGCCAACAGGUUCGAGAGCUGUUUGAAGAUCUGAAGGAUGGCACCAAGCUUCUCAGCCUGCUGGAGAUCCUCUGUGGAACAAAAUUGGCUCGCGAGAAGGGUCGUAUGAGAGUACAUUACCUGAAUAACGUCAAUCGAGCACUGCAAGUACUAGACAAGCAUAACGUUAAGUUAGUUAAUAUCAGUAGCAACGAUAUCGUAGACGGGAACCCCAAGCUGACUCUGGGCUUGGUUUGGAGCAUCAUUCUCCACUGGCAGGUGAAGGAUGUUAUGAAAGACGUGAUGGCUGACCUACAGCAAAGUAACCUGGAGAAGACUCUCCUCGCCUGGUGCAGGCAAACCACUCAGGGGUAUAGAAGUGUAGACAUUGUUAACUUCACUAGUAGCUGGAGGGAUGGGUAUGCCUUCAAUGCACUCAUCCAUAAGUACAGGCCAGACCUGUUUGAUUAUAAUAUCCUGUCCAAGAUGGGCACAGAGAAGAGGUUGGACCAUGCCUUCAAGGUGGCCCACGAGCACCUCAACAUUGACAGACUCUUGGAUCCUGAAGAUGUGAAUGUGGAAAUUCCUGACAAGAAGUCCAUCAUCAUGUAUGUGACGCUGUUCUUCCAAGUGUUGCCGCACCAGAAAAUCACCCAGGAGGCCAUGCAGGAGGCCUUGGAGGUGUCUGCGCCAGGCUAUGCUGCCAAGCAGAGGGCGCUAAAGACUGUGAGCAACAAGCAGGAGACAGAAGUAUUGGUGGAUGGUACCGUGACCAAAACCUCGACGGUCACCAUCCAACGGAACGAAAGCCAGGUCGUGGUCAAACAGGAAGUAGUGACCACCAAGGUCAAACAACAGGAAGUGAAACAAGAAGUUCACGUCAAACCUGAAGUACAUCAAGUCAAACAAGAAGUUCAGCAAGUCAAGCAGACUGCGGGCGCCCCCCGUGCAAGCCCUGCCCGCCAGCGCAGCGGGGUGGACCUGGGAGCGUACCAGAACGCCCUGGAGGAGGUCCUGGCCUGGCUGCUGGCUGCCGAGGAGAAACUCCAGCACCAGGGAGACAUCUCUGACCUGGUGGACGAUGUGAAGGACCAGUUCCACGAACACGAGAGUUUUAUGAUGGAGCUGACGUCGCACCAGAGCCGUGUGGGCAGCGUGCUGCAGGCCGGGAACCAGCUCAUCAUGGAAGGGAAGAUCACGGAGGACGAGGAGAACGAGAUCCGAGAGCAGAUGAGCCUGCUGAACAGCCGCUGGGAGGUCCUCCGCGUACAGUCCAUGGACAGGCAAUCCAAGCUUCACGAGGUGCUGAUGAACUUGCAGCAGAAGCAGCUGGACCAGCUGGACGCCUGGCUGUCCGGCACGGAACAGAGGAUCAAGGUCAUGGACACGCAGGGCAUCGGCCCUGACCUUGACCAGGUCCGCAGGCAGGUGGAAGAACACAAGACCCUUCAGGAGGGCCUGGAGACCCAGCAGCUUCAGGUGAACUCCCUGACUCAUAUGGUGGUGGUGGUAGAUGAAAACAGCCCUGAGAACGCCACACAAGCCCUUGAGGCACAGCUGCAGAACCUUGGCGAGCGGUGGGCCUGGGUGUGUAAGUGGACGGAGGACCGCUGGAUGGUGCUGCAGGAGGUCCUGGUGCGCUGGCAGGUCUUCAACCUGGAGCAGAUGGACUUCGACGACUGGCUGACCGACAAGGAGGGCGCCCUGCAGACCAUGCAGCAUGCCAACCUCAACGAUCCCAACGUCAUUGUUGCACAGGUCAAGAAACUCAAGAUCUUAGAACACGAAAUGGAGGCGAAGCAGCCGACCUUCCAGGUGCUGAGUCAGAAGGCUGCGGAGGUGGUGCAGCACCUGGACCGCUCCUCCUCCGCUGUGGAGGGCAUCCAGGGCAAGAUCGAGGAGUUCACACAGCGCUGGGACGCCAUCGUCCAGAAGAUGGAGAACUACAGUAAACUGCUCUCCAUCCCGCAGAUGUCUGCCUCGGCCGCCGUCCCCAAGAAGACCACCACCAUCACCGAGACGGUCACCAAGAUGACGCAGAAACUGACCCAGAAAGCUCCUCCGCCACCACCACCUAAGAAACCUGUGAGCCAACAGAGACGGAGGUUUGAGAGUGAGAUCACAACACUUCUUGCCUGGAUCGACGACACAGAAACCCUGCUGUUGUCUCCUGCCUACACCAACCCCGCUACCUCAAACAGCCUGCAGGCUCAGACAGACAAGUUUAACCAGCUGGACGAGAACAUCAUGUCCUACCAGGGCCGCGUACAGACCAUCCAGGAGACUGGCGUCACCCUCAUCGAAGAGGAGGACGAUAAGAUCCAGCUGGAGACGCGCCUGAACACGUUUAUGGAGCGCUGGAACGAGAUCUGUGUGUUGAUCAACGACCGGAAAAGGAAGCUGCAGAUGGCGCGGUUGUGUAAGCAGUUCUACACGGAGCUGGAGGUGCUGAGGGAGGUCACCGGUAAGAAGAUGGCGUGGCUACAGGAGCAGGACAAGCCCAGCGACGAUGCAGUCAAGAUAAAACAACAGAUGGAUGAACUACAGGUUGAGGUGACUGACAUGGCGGCCCACAGUGAGCGUGUGGAGCAGCUGAACAGCCUGGGCUCGCAGCUGGCCGACUCCUCGGACCCGCCCAAGAACCUGCAGCAGGACCUGACACAGUUCCAGCUGCAGUGGGAGGAACUGGUGGCCAAGAUGGCGGCCAGGGAGAAGGACCUCACCAAAGCUCUGGAGCAGGCCCCUCCUAAACAGUUCCUGGAGGCCAUGAAGGCCCUGACCCAGUGGAUCGACAAUGUAGAGUCACUCCUGACCACUGAGAAAUUUUACAUUGCCGACAUCCCGACCAUGAAGGACCAGCAACAGAAGUUCAAGGAGGUGCAGCAGGCGCUGAAGGACCAGCAGAAGAGUCUGGACUUCGUGAACACGACGGGGAAACAGGUUGUGGAGAGCUCACCGCCUGACCGCGCCCGUAGCCUGCAGAAGGAGCUGAAUGGCCUGAAUGAGCGCUGGAGCAACGUCUGCGCCAUGACCGAGGACAGGCUGGAACACCUAGACAAGGGGGUCGAGCUCCUCACGCAAUAUCAGAAGGAGGGCGAUGGUUUGCGGAAGUGGAUGGAUGAGGUAGACGUGUACAUCCACUCAGAGGAGGCAGCUGUGGGAGACACGGAGACACUACAGGCUCAACUAGAACAGAGCAAGUCUCUUCAGAAGGACAUAGCCUCCCUACAACACAACAUGAACAAUGUGAAUGAAGCAGGGAAGAGGCUGGUACCCGAGGCACACCCCGACUUCUCAAAGCAACUCAAACAGGAGCUGAAGGACCUGAAUGAACGUUGGGACGCCAUCGUCAAGAAGCAAAAGUCCCAGAAGCACAGUCUAGAAGGAGCCAUGAAGAAGACCAGCUCCUUACAGCUGCAGCUGGAGGCCUUCAGCGAAUGGCUGACAGACAAGGAGAAGGAGGGUCUGAAGGAGGACGGACCUCUGGAGGAUCCUGACGACAUCCAGCCUAGGAUUAAGAAAUAUAAGAAACUAAAAGCAGACCUAGACAAGAAGGAGCCUGACCUGAAGGCCCUGAACACAGUCGGGAAUGAGAUGGUGACCAAGGCCGGCAGCCCAGGGGGGCUCGGCAAUGACCUUCAGGUGGUGAACGAGAGGUGGACUGUGCUGUGUAACACUGUCAACAAACGCUACGAGGUUUCACAGGAGGUGUGGACCCUGUGGCAGCAGUUCCAGGUGCUGUUAGAACAGGAGCAGACCUGGCUGUCCACCCUGGAGACUAAGAUUCAGCAGACAGAGGCUGUGGGAGGGGAUGCUGAGGAAAUCUCUGAGGCUCUGGAUGCCCUGGAGAACCAUGUGAGGAACCACCCCAGUGACAACAGGGAUAAGAUCCAGGAGGUGUCCCAGAAGUUAGUGGAGUACAAGGUGCUAGUGGACCCUGUACAGACUGAGGUCACCACCUUCACUGCACGAUGGGACACUCUGCAGCAACAGGCAAAGAUGCGCCAGACUGCCCUGGAGCAGAGGAUUGCCAGUGCUCAGGACCUGGAGAAGGAUGUGCUUGAGUUGGAGCGCUGGUUCACCAGGACUGACAAGCUGCUGCAGUCACGCAUCAACUCUGGUGUCUGUGCAUCUGACGUGCCCGAGGAGUUUGAGCAACUCCAGGAUGAGUUUGAUGCCCGUGAUGAGGACCUGGAGGAGAUUGGACGGAAAUGUCAGGCACUGAUGGCAGAGGGCAGCACGGAGGCCACCACCAGGAUCAGGCAGCAGUCUGAGAUCCUGCAGAAGCGAAUGGUGGAGAUCAAGGCGAAGUUCCGCAAGUACCAGAAGCCUGCGGACUUUGAUCCGAAGAUGAGCCGUGUGCGAGACAUCCUGAACAACGUUGAGAAGGAGCUGGGAGUGCUGGAGUUGAAGCACCAUGAGCCGGAGAUGGUACAGGGACAACUGGACAUCUGUAUGGGCUUGUACAAGAUUCUUAGUGAUGUCAAACCUGAGGUAGAGUUUGUGAUAAAGACAGGAAGACAGGUGGUUGAAAAGAAACAAGUGGACAACACCGAGGAUCUUAACGAACGGCUUAACGAGCUGAAGCUCCAGUACAACGACCUGGGUGCACAGGUGGGUAUGCUGCGGGAGCAGCUGGAAAGGAUGGUGACAGAAGGGAAACAGGAUCUGGAGAAGGCCAUGAAACUGUCAAAGAAGCUGAAGAAAGAGAUGGUGUCUCUGACAGAGUGGCUGGGCACCACUGAGGCUGAGUUGAACAAGAAGGAGGCAGAUGGAGCCAUCCCUGCUAAUGUAGAAGAGGAACUCAAGUGGUGCAAGACCCUACAGCAAGAGAUGACGAGGAAGCAGUCUGUGGUGCUGAUCAUAAAUGAGACAGGGAAGGAGAUGGUGGAGCUGGCCGAGCCGGGAACUCUGGCUCCCCUGGAGGAGAAACUGUCUGCUCUGAACCAGCACUGGUCAGACGUGUGUGCCAGGGCAGCCGAGAGGAGGCUCAGGCUACAGGAGUUUAUGUCUGAGAUGGAGAAGUUCCGGGAAGGUCUGAACGAGGUGCACACCUGGAUGGAGAAGGUGGAGAUGUUCUUUAAGAUCUCUGACAGACUCAGUCCUGAGGAGCAGGCCAAGGAGGUGGACACUUACAAGAAGCUCCAGCUGGAAGCGAACCGGUUGCGAGGAACAGUGGACCAGGUACGUGACCAGGCCAUGGAGCUGAUGCAGCAUGGGCCGGCCGUGCAGGGCAUGGUGGAACCUGAACUCAUCAACCUCAACAGCAGAUGGGAGAGUGUGUGUGAGAAGAUCAGGGAGAAACAGCAGGUCCAGCCAUUGCAGCAGGUUCAAGUGCAACAGGCUGUCGCCGUCGCCUCAGCGGCUCCUCCACCCGUCCCCGCCAGGACCAUGAAGACGGAAACCACCACCGUUACCACGGUGACAACCGUCACAACAACCACGAGAAUCAUCGAGUUGGAGACGGACUUCCACAAGGCCAGCUCUGUCAUCGCACAGUUUGACGACACGUUACUGACCGACAGUGGGGAUUUGAGAGAGGAAGACUUCACCGAAAAUGUGGAGGAUAGGGUCAAGGCAACUGAAGAUGAAAUUUCAAGAAUACAAGCCGAGAUCGACGAGAUUUUCGAAAAAGGUGACAAAGCCAUCAAGGAGACCGACGACUCUACCAAGAAGGAGCAGAUUCGGCUGAAACUGAACGACUUGAAGGGCCGAUGGAGCUCGGUCAAGGGCGAUGCGGAGCUGAAGAAGAAGACGCUGCGAACUGUCGUGCCGCAGUGGUACCAGUUCCGCUCCCAGACCGACGAUCUCAACAUGUGGCUGACAGAGAUCGAGAUCAGAAUAAGGGAGUCCAAAGAUGAUCCCAACAAGCUACAGGCCAUCCAAGAGGAACUUCAGCGUAAGCAGGAGGACCUGGACACCCUGAACAGGAAGGCGGAGGAGUUGAAGCAGCAAGGGGCCAAGCCAGUGGUGGAACCCCAACUCAUCCACAUCAACAGGAGAUGGAAGGAUAUCGAGAACCAGUUCCAACAGUACCACCGCCCGGUGCAGUUCAGCACCGUCACCACGGAAACCAUCACCAUGGAGAACGUUUCCAUGGUGUCGGUCACCAGCAUGAGGACCGCCGGCGAGGGGCGCCCUUCUGCCUCCGACUUCUUGGCUGAGAUCAACAAGAUCCUGUUCCACAUCGCCGACAUCGAGCUGCAGCUGGCCUCUCCUGAGCUGAACGCUGGCGACUAUGAGGACUUCUCCAAGCAGGAGGACAAACUCAAGGCCAUAAAGGAGCAGCUAGACACGUUGGAGCCACAAGUGCGGUCGGCCCACGAGCGCAAGGGCGCUGCCAUUUCUCAGGUGGCACCCUCGGAGCGGAAGAACAUCGAGAAUGCCAUGUCCAACCUCAAGGUCGAAUGGGACAAGGUCAACAAGGCCUAUGUGGACAGAUACAGUCGCUUCAAGAAGUCCCUGGCCCACUGGCAGCAGUUCCACUGUGACAUGCGAGACCUGACAUCCUGGCUGAACGAAGCUGAGAGGACGGUACAGGACACCAAGGCCCCAGGAGGGGACUUGGAUCUGGAAAAGGCAAGAGCACAGCAGAAGAAAUUGCAAGACGGGAUUGAGAACCACAGGAAGCAAGUGGAGGGACUGAACGCGAACGGGCAGGAGAUUAUCGAGCAGUGCACGUCCAUCGACGCCACCCUUCUGAGGGAGAAGCUGGAUGGACUGAACAGACGGUGGAGGGUGCUGUGUGCAGAGGUCAACGACAGGAAGGAAAGGUUUGAGGAGGCGAGCAUGCAGACAGAGGAGUUCCAGGAGGAGAUUGAUGAGCUGCUGUUUUGGCUGGAGGACACAGAGGGCAUCCUUAACAAGCAGGUCUGUCCCGCUGACGAGGACCAGCUAGAGGAAGCUCUGGAGAAAGUCAAGGACAAGGAGAAUGACCUUGGGUCCAGACAGGACAAUGUGAACACCAUUAACCAGACAGGGAACAGGAUCAUGACGACUCCGGGCGCUUCCAAGGCGCUGGUCAGCAAUGUCAAGAAGAAGGUGGACAACCUGAACACAAGAUGGCUGACGGUGACGCCGGAGAUCCCCCAGAAGCGUCGCGGUCUGCAGGACCAGCUGCACUUCUGCCGCACGUUCCUGGAGGAGCUGGAGGAGCUGUUGGUGUGGAUGGCCCACACCAUGCAGCUGCUGGAGCAGCAGAAGGGCCCCAUCUCCAGCGCUACCUCGUUUGACGAGGGAGAUCAGGUCAUCAUCGACCCUAAGACGAUGAAAGAUGCCCUGACGGCGCGUCAGUCCAACGUCGAUAACGUCAACCUCACGUACAACAGCCUGGUGACGGAGAGCAAGGAUCUGGAAGUGGAGGUACCCGACUACGUCAGAGACAAGAUAAGGAAGCUGAAUGCAGACUGGGCCAAGAUCCGCUACAUGGCAGCCAACCUCAGACCAACCUCAGAUUCAGAUGUCGAAUCCCUGGUCAUGGAGCAAAGAAGGUCUAUGGAGGAGAUGGAGACGGCAAGGAUAGAAGUUGGUGCCAUGCAGGCCAGAGCAGACAUGCCGUCCAUGUACCCCGACUUUGACAAGUCGGUGGCCGAGCUGCGUGACUGGCUGAUGCUGCUCGACCACAUGCUGAAGUCGCAGAUUGUUACCGUGGGAGACGUAGAAGAGAUCGAAGAGAUGAUAAUCAAGCAGAAGACCGUCUUAAAUGACCUUGACGUGAAGAAGCCCCAGCUGGAUACAGUGGUUGCUGCCGGCAGACGACUCAUUCAAACUGCCGAUACAGACAGCGACAAGCAGCUCCUCAAGGAGAAGGUGGACAGAAUACAGGAGCAGUGGGACGAGGCGUCGACCCGUGUGGGCAGCAGGAAGAGAGAGCUGGACAACAUGCUGACAGACUGCCACCACUGGGACGAGCUGAGGGAGGACGUCAACAGGUGGCUGGAGCAGGCAGAACAACAGGUGGAGCACGACUCGGAGGUCGGACAGACGGUCGAUGUUCUGGACAAGCAGAUAGCGCAGCACAAGGAAUUCAUGGACAACUUGCGACAAUGGCAGCCCAGCAUUGAAGCAGUAAAUGAACUGGCCCAGAAGCUCAUCUCUGACUACAGUAAUGAUGACACCAGUAAGAUCAAACAGAUGAUCGAUCGCGUGAACAGCAGGUGGCAACAAUUAAACAACAGGUGUCAUGAGCGUCAGCAGAACCUGAAGAACGCGCUGGAGAAGCUGCAGAAGUUCAGCCUGCAGCUGGAGGAGUUCCUGGCCUGGCUGUCAGAGGCAGAGGCAGCGAUGGAGGUACUUGAUGAGGAGACCAGUAGAGACGGUGUGCUGGAUGACCAGGAACACCUCAAAGUCUGGAGGGACCAGUACAGGAACUCUACGUCGUCAACGUCGUCUGUCAAUUCAAUAUUGAGUGCCAAGUACUGGGGUGCAUGGAGCUGUACUGUGGCUUUAAUCCGUUACUUGGACUUGCAGGCUGAGAUCGAUGCUCACCAAGAUGUCUGGUCCUCGCUCAACGACACGGGGCGGCACAUCCUGCAGAGCAUCGAGCACUGCGAGGAUGCCCAGAUGCUCCAGCGCCGCCUGGAGAACAUGAAUGACCGGUGGACGGCGCUCAGGAGCAAGUCGCUGGACAUCAGACAACGACUGGAGGCAAAUAUCGAGCAGUGGAACCAGCUGCUCAUUACCCUGCAGGACUUGAUCGAAUGGUGUUCCAUCAAGGAGGAUGAACUCACGCGCAUGCAGCCAAUCGGAGGGGACCUCAACACUGUACAGCAGCAGCAAGCAGACCACAAGCUCUUCCGACAGUCGGUGGAGGACAAGAGGCCGCUGAUCGAGACCAGUCUGGAGACGGGUAAGGAGUACCUGGUGGAGCAAGGUGAGGACAGCAGGAGUACCCUCAACACCAGCGGCGAGUCUGACCUCACAGCAACAAGCCUCAGUGAUGAGCUGAGCACAGAAGAAGACAAGGUUGGUUUGACGCCGGAAGAGCAGGCUAAGGAGAUCGCCAGGAACCUGAAGAGACAAGUGAAGACACUGACAGACAAGUGGGCGCAGCUCCAAGGCAGGUCGGACAUCUGGCAGAAGAGGAUAGACGACGUCUUGAACAAAUUGCGCCAGCUGCACGACGCGAUGAACGACCUAAGCGGGAAGCUGCAUGAGGGGGAGACGCUGAAGGCGUCAUGGCUGCCGGUCGGAGACCUCAUCAUCGACAACUUACAGGAUCAGAUCGACGACGUCAAGGCAUUCCAGGCACAAAUAGCACCCAUCCAGAACAACGUGGAUUACACCAACAACCUGGCCAACAGUUUCCAACCUUUGGAUGUCCAGCUGUCCAGCUCCAACCUAAACAGGUUGGAGGACCUGAACACGCGCUGGCGGCUGCUGCAGGUGUCGGCACAGGACAGGCUCAAGCAGCUGGAGGAGGCGCUCAGGGACUUCGGACCCAACUCACAACACUUCCUGUCUACCUCUGUGGAAGGAACCUGGGAAAGGGCAGUAGCUGCCAACAAGGUGCCAUACUACAUCAACCAUACUACAGAAACAACCAGCUGGGACCACCCCAAGAUGACAGAACUCUUCCAAUCAUUAGCUGACUUGAAUGACGUCAGAUUCUCAGCCUACCGCACAGCCAUGAAACUCAGGAGGUUACAGAAGGCUCUAUGUUUGGACUUGCUAAGCAUGAACAACGCCAUUGAUGCCUUUGACCAGCACGGUCUGCGGGGCCAGAACGACCGGCUGAUGGAUGUGAUCGAGAUCAUCAACUGUCUGACCACCAUCUACGACAAUCUGGAGCAGGAUCACGGCAACCUGGUCAACGUGCCGCUCUGCGUAGACAUGUGCCUGAACUGGUUACUCAACGUGUAUGAUACGGGUAGGAGUGGGAAGAUCAGGGUGCUAUCGUUCAAGGUGGGGAUCAUCUCUCUCUGUAGGGCACAUCUCGAGGACAAAUACAGAUUCAACUUCAGGUUGAUAGCAGAGGCCACAGGAUUUGCCGACCAGAGAAAGCUGGGGUUACUGCUGCAUGAUCUAAUACAGGUUCCUCGUCAGCUAGGUGAGAUUGCCUCGUUCGGCGGAAGCAAUAUCGAGCCCAGCGUGCGCAGCUGCUUCGAGCGGGCGGGCGGGAAGCCUGAGAUUGAGGCGGCCCAUUUCCUGGACUGGAUGAAGCAGGAGCCCCAGUCCAUGGUGUGGUUACCUGUCCUGCACAGGCUAGCCGCAGCAGAGACGGCCAAACACCAGGCCAAGUGCAAUAUCUGUAAAGAAUACCCAAUUGUAGGAUUUAGGUAUCGCUGUUUGAGGUGCUUCAACUUUGACAUGUGCCAGAGCUGUUUCCUUUCGGGCAGGAAAGCCAAGGGACACAAGCUGUCCCACCCCAUGCAGGAGUACUGCACCGCUACGACCUCAGGGGAGGAUGUGCGGGACUUUGCCAAGGUCGUCCGCAACAAGUUCAGGUCCAAGAAAUCCUUGAAAAAACACCCCCGUCUGGGGUACCUUCCGGUGCAGACGGUGUUAGAGGGAGACAACCUUGAAACUCCUUUGGUACUGUGGCGAUACGAACAAGUAACACCAGACAGAGAAGAGCCUCCUCGAGAUCUUCAUAUAGAAGAGCGGCAGCCGUCGUCCUCGCCGCAGCAGGCUGUUUCUCAGGACAUGCAUAGCCGGCUGGAGCUGUACGCCAGCAGGUUGGCUGAAGUAGAACAGAGCAUGAACAGUAUGAGCAGUUCUUCAGACAUGGAGGACGAGCACACACUGAUCCAGCAGUAUUGCCAGAGUCUGGGAGGAGACUCAGGAGUGCCAAAGAGCCCAGCUCAGAUCGUGGUGGCCAUUGACCAGGAGCAGCGGGCGGAGCUGGAAGCCAUGAUCAAGGACCUGGAGGAGGAGAAUAGAAAUUUACAAAUGGAGUACGAGCGGUUGAAAAUCCAGAAGCAGCAGCAGCCGUCUCCGCAGGCCGAGCCGAAGUCGGAGGUGAACCGAGACAACGAGCUGAUCGCCGAGGCCAAGCUGCUGCGGCAGCACAAGGGUCGGCUGGAGGCGCGCAUGCAGAUCCUGGAGGACCACAACAGGCAGCUGGAGGCUCAGCUCCAGAGGUUACGGCAACUCCUCGAGCAGCCCCAGAGUGACCGCAGCCCCACGUCCCACACCUCGUCCAGCAGUCACACGCCCAACGAGGUCACCCCGUCGUCCUCGCAGGGGUCACUCCCCGGGAACACCCCGCCAUCCCGGGCGCCGCGCUUCCCCACCACCACCAACGGGCUUCCCAAUGGGGACGGCGCUGUCAACGGGGCGGCUGACAUCAGAGUACAAGGAGCGACGCGCACCCCUCCCCCACUGCGCGACGGACAGCGUCGUCAGCAGACCCCUGAGGAACAGCUGGAGGAGGUCAUGCGGGAGGUCAACAGCUCUUUCCCUCCUGACUCCAAUCACACACAAGGGAAAAACACGGUAGGAAACCUCUUCAACAUGGCGGGCGACCUGAACAAAGCUGUCGGCAAGCUUGUCACCGUCAUGACCGAUGAAGAGGGUACAGAGAUGGGCGAGAAUGGGCACGUCAAUAGCCUGUCGUAAAGCGCUUGGGAAUUAAUAGAAAUUAACACAAAAGAGAGAGGUACAUGUAAGAAUACAGCCAUGAUCAUGAAGAGAGAGAAAAUUUAGCAGAUGUCCCUGUACUAAUUUUGUAAACAUGAUUGUGUAAGAUAUGGUCAGAAGAUAGAGAGGAAUGAUGUGAUUGUGAUUGGAGGAAAAAGAAGAAGAAAAGAUGUGUUGUUAAAAAGCGAUAGUCCUAUUGCUUUUGUACUGGUGACUGAGGCUGUUUUGUAUCAAGACCUAUCCAGGCUGGCCAGUGCUGCCUCCAUCGUAGUCGGCAUCAUGUUUUUUUUUCUAAAUAAUUCUUAACGCAUUUUGUAGGCUUUCUAGUUUGUAGAUGAGCUUGUUUAAAAAGCAUACGUGUAGCUGCCAGUAACCUUGUACGAUGAAAUUCUACUGUUUUACUUGUUCUAUGAGACAAUUGUGACGCGUGGGUUCUGUGAUUGUCCACCCUUCAUGUAGCGCGUGUGGACACGAGGUGUCGUAGUCAGAACCUAUUUUUUCUAGCCCACACGGAAAGUAAUAAAAAAAGGCUAUUUUUGUGAAGAUAGCAGAGAAUGACUUUUUGGACUUGUAAGAAGGGUAAACAACGGAGGAUCGAAAUUUUUGAGUGCUCAGUAACAGGGUGCUGAUGUUUAACCAUACACCUCUACCCUACCUACCAGGCUAGCCUCUCCACUGCCUCAAUGUAAGCAGAUCCCCUCUAUGAUGUUUAUGCCAGCGCCAUUGUACACAGUACUUUGUAACUCAUGUACACAGUGUAUUUAUACCAAACCUUUAUAAAUAUUCACUAACUCCUAGGUAGAAAGCUGUUAUGUAACAGGCUUUAUCUUCGACAAUGUUCCCUUCCAGCACAGGAAGGAGCUCACUACAACAGCCACACAAACAUGUACAACCUUAUGUUAAAGCAAUAUAUAUUAUUAUGUUAAUAUUCUAUUUACUGCUUAAUUAUUUUAUAUGAUAAUAUAACUCAAUUUAAGUUUAUUCACAUUAAUUGGUUAAGAACUUUCCUUCUCUGAUAUUUUU